AUGGCCCCCACGUAUCGCAACCAGCCGGACGACGAAAAUACAAACUCGAUGCGACACCUCCAAUCUGCGUCCAAUAUGAUCAAACGAUCGAAACCCUUCUUCUUACCACCAGGGGCCUUCGACACGCACGCCCACGUCUUCGACCCUUUACUAGGCCCAUACGCUGCCGGCCGAGCAUACACCCCGGAGGAUGCACCCCUCCAGAAGCUCCUCGCAUUCAACCAGAUGUUAUCGACCGAGCAGAAACCCACGAAGCUUGUCCUUGUUCAACCAUCGCCAUAUAAAACCAACUGCACGGUUCUCAUAAAAAGUCUACAGGAGCUGAACCGGCGAGAAGUCACGGCAUAUGGAAUAGUUGUUGUCGAUCUGGAGCGUGUGACUAACCACGAACUGGACGAGAUGCAUCGGCUAGGGGCCAGAGGCAUCAGAUUGAAUUUCCAGGCGGACGGGAAGGAGGUUGAUACGACGAAGUUGAUAUCUGCCUUGCGACAAGCUGCAGAGAGAAUCCGCCAUCUACGGGGAUGGAUGAUUCAGCUAUUUGUUCCGGGUUGGACAUGGGAUGGUCGGUAG